CUGGCAGCAGCUGAAAUGGAGCAGCAAGAAAAUGAACUGGACAGAGAAAGUUUCUGCUGUCCGGUUUGUCUGGAUCCACUGAAGGAUCCAGUGACUACUGGCUGUGGACACAGCUACUUUAUGAGCUGUAUUAAAACCCACUGGGACAAUAAGGAGGAUAGAGGAAGCUACAGCUGCCCUCAGUGUAGACAGACCUUCAAACCGAGGCCUGUCCUGGUGAAAAACACCAUGUUAGCUGAUUUAGUGGAGGAGCUGAAGAAGACUGGACUCCAAGCUGCUCCUGCUGAUCACUGCCCUGCUGGACCUGAAGAUGUUGCCUGUGAUUUCUGCAUAGGGAGAAAACUGAAAGCUCUCAAGUCCUUUUUGAAUUGUUUGGCCUCUUAUUGUGAAAAACACCUCCAGCCUCAUUUUCAGUCACCUCCAUUUAAGGUGCACACGCUGAUGGAGCCUUCGGAGAAACUCCAGGAGAACAUCUGCUCUCGUCACAAUGAGGUGAUGACGAUGUUCUGCCGCACUGAUCAGCAGUGUAUCUGUUAUCUCUGCUCUGUGGAGGAACAUAAAGACCACGACACAGUGUCAGCUGCAGCAGAAAGGACUGAGAGGCAGAGAGAGCUCGGGCUGAGGAGACAAACAAUCCAGCAGAGAGUCCAGGACAAGGAGAAAGAUGUGAAGCUGCUUCCACAGGAGCUGGAGGCCAUCAAUGGCUCUGCUGAUAAAGCAGUGGAGUACAGUGAGAAGAACUUCAAUGAGCUGAUCCGUCUGCUGGAGAAAAGAAGCUCUGAUGUGGAGCAGCAGAUCAGAUCCCAGCAGGAAACUAAACUGAGUCCAGUCAGAGAGCUUCAGGAGAGACUGGAGCAGGAGAUCACUGAGCUGAAGAUGAAAGACCAUGAACUGAAGCAACUGUUAGACACAGAGGAUCACAACCAGCUUCUACACAACUACCCCUCACUGGCACCACUCAUUAAAUCUACACACUCAUCCAGCUUCAGGAUCUGUCCCCGGAGGUACAGGAAGGACAAGAGAGCAGCUGUGUUACAGGUAAGAGGUAGAAUACGGGACAUUCUGAGGGAGACAGAGACAAACAUUUUACAGAUUGUGUCUCGAGUGGAUGUUUUACUGCAACAACCAGUGAUCAAGCACAGUUCAGAUCAAGUCAGAGUUGACUUCUUAAAAUAUUCACAGGAAAUCACACUGGAUCCAAACACAGUAAACAAACAUCUGAUAUUAUCUGAGGGAAACAGAAAAGUAACAGCAUCGCUGGAAGAGCAGGCUUAUUCUAAUCACCCAGACAGAUUCACUUUUUUGCCUCAGGUCCUGAGUAGAGAGAGCCUAACUGAACAUUGUUACUGGGAGGUGGAGGUGGGGGUGACAUUGGAAGAAACUUCUGUAGCAGUCACAUACAAGAAUAUCAGAAGAGCAGGAUACCGUGAAUGUGAAUUUGGAAAAAAUUAUAAAUCUUGGUCAUUAAAUUGUGGUGGAAAAAUUUAUAACUUUUAUUAUAACCGAAUCUGGUCUCGAGUGCCAGGUCCUUGGUCCUCCAGAGUAGGAGUGUACCUGGAUCACAAUGCAGGUGUUCUGUCCUUCUACAGCAUCUCUGACACCAUGACUCUCCUCCACAGAGUCCAGACCACAUUCACUCAGCCUCUCUAUGCUGGAGUUACGGUUUAUUAUGGAGACACAGCUGAGUUCUGUGAACUCAAAUAG